GAAAUUCUUUUUCGCUUACUGCAGUUUGAGCGAUUGAGAUUGUAACACAUGUGAAAAUUGCCAUUGUAAAAAAAAUCAUAUGGUCUAAAUUCAAGUGAAUAUUCGCAUUUAUUUUUUUAGUUCAAGUGAUUCAAGUAAAGUAAAAUAAAACGGCAUAAAAAUGGCAGAUGGAUCAAAAAAAGCAAGACUUGUUGCGAUGGCGAGUGCAUCGAGUUCAUUCGACGACGAUAGUGGGGUUCAUCAAGCGUCUGAUAACUCAAGGAAAUCUCAAGGUUCAUCGUCUUCGGAUGACAUAGUUGAUGAUAUUGUAAAUGAACCGUCGACUACCGUAUCGAUUCAAGUUCCUGGUUCUACGACUAUCGCAUCGGUUAAAACUCCUGAUGAAGGUAUUUUUUCGCCAAUGGUGGAAGCGUCAACAAGCAUAGCGAUCACCAUCGAACCGGCGUCACCAUCAUUGCCCGAACUGACGUCGCAUGAAAACGAACUGACGUCGAUCGAACCGACGUCGCAUGAAUUGGUGGAUGAAGAUGGUUUUGAUGUUUUUAAUUUUAUGGGUCCUCUUCGUGAUGAUUUAAAAGUGAAGGAACCUUUUCAAGUUAUAAAAUAUAAAGAUCGCACAUUUCGUUUGAACGUUAAAAAAUUGAACGCACUUUUGAGUCCAUAUAAACAUCAAAACCGACGUGUGGUCGUUCUAUCGGUUUCUGGUAUACUUCGUUCGGGAAAGACUUUUCUUGCGAAUUUUUUCAUCAAAUUUUUGAAAGACAGGUAUCAAGAGAACAGAAUAUGGAAUUGGAUUACCCAUAAUAGAGAUGAAUAUGGCAACCUUUUAUCCGAACGUGGCUCAGAAAUAGUAACAAAUGGAAUUUGGAUGUGGCACGAGGUAUUCACAUAUGGGGAGAGUACUGCAAUCAUCGUAUUAGAUACGCAAGGACUAUACGGUUAUAGAUACACUCCCGAAGACACUAUAAAGAUGCUUGCUCUGACCACACUGCUUUCGACCAUUCAAUGCCAUAAUGUGAAGGAACGUUUGACCGAAGAUGACUUAUUGAGUUUAUCAUUAGCUACUGAUUCUGCAAUGAUGACUAUGGCAAAAGCACACCUGAGCAAACCGUUUCCCGAUUUUCAUAUCAUUGUACGAGACUGGGGCGAAUUUAACAUUGACUCUAAUGCAGACAUUUUUGAGACAUCUAUGUUUGACGGACAGCAACAUUUAGAUUAUCUCCUGAAUUUAGAUCCCACAACAAUCAAUAACGUCCAAAUUGAAUAUCGCAGAAAAAUUGUGGAGAAAUUCCCAGUGCUGCGAGCACACUUAAUGCCAUUCCCAUUUUACAAUCGAAAAAACAUUUCUACAUUCGAAAGAAAUUUAAAUAAGGUUACAUCAUUAUUUCACAAUUCUCUCGAUGCGUUGGUACCAUUUGUUGUCCAUUAUCCACCCGCUAUGAUUAUCCCUGAUGAGAAUGUAGAGAUGGAAGAGCAGAAAGAGACGCAAACGAAGAAAGAGACGGAAACAAAAAAAGCGACCGAAACGAAGAAAAAGAAGGGAAAAAAAACAGAGAAGAAAGACAAGGAAGAUGAGAGAAGAAAGCAACAGACGGAAGAGGAGGAAGAAUGGAUCAAGAAUGACAUGAAGCCUAAAAAACACCUACUCCCUGUUACACAGAUCAAUGGAAAAAUGGUUCUAGCAGGCCAAUUGGCUGAAUACUGGCAAAAAUACUUGGAUGCUAUCAACGAUGAAAAGUAUCAUGAAUAUUUAAAAAAGAAAAUGGAAGCAGAAACGGAAUCGGCUCAAUUGGGUUAUGCAAUUUUGACAGCAGAAUGCAUAAAUGAGUAUGACACCCGUAUGACCGAAAAGUUAAUCAACAAUGAAAUCAACAGACAUAGAGUAGAUGGAUUCAUUUAUGAUGAAUCUAUACUUGCGGAAUUUCACAUUGAUAUAGCAGACAAAAUACACAAAGAGUUUAAAGAAUUUGCUUUGUUCGUUGGAAGCAAACUGCUUUAUGCCAAAAAACGAACAGAACUUGAUGCUGAACUUCGAAAAAAAUACCUUGCCUUAGUAAAGUCCAAUAAUGAUAAUCGGGCCAAAUUAUACAAAAAUUUGAUCGACAAAAGAGAAAAAUUAAGAGAACAAUUAAUAAAUGAAUUAUAUGACACAAUUGGCCAUCGAUAUAUAUACUAUAGAGAUUUUUUGGAUAUUUAUGAGCCGAAAGUUUGGCAACUGAUGCAGGAGUAUGAUAACGUGGAAAAGCGUGUAACUGAGCACAAAAGAUAUAGAAGAGAUAAAAGAUUGACGGAAUACCGUAAUGACGUUCUUAUCGAUUUCUACACAGUAAAAUAUAAAUUUUUGAUGGAAAACAAAGAGCUCAAGCCAAAAUAUUUGAAUAAAGAAAAUGCGUAUACUGUAAUCGCAUGGGCAACGGUGGCUGUGUUCUUCGGCAUUCGUCUCGGACCUUUUGGUACAUGGGCUGCUUCAAUUGGAGAUACAAUCUUAAUGGAAGCUUCAAAUUUUCCAAGACUUUGUUUCGUAAAAAUCUGUUCGCUGAAGUUCAGUCCAUGGAAAGAAAUAUCUUUUUAUGGAAACUGAUAACAAUCAGAGUUGUUGUGACGCUUGCAAGAAUUCAAAUUUUCAAAAAAUUAUUUAACUCUACGAUUUAUAAAAUAUAAUCAAACAAAUCACCAAUUGUUUUCUUCUACUCGUGAAUAUGAGAU